ACUUGGGGCUAAUGUUAUCAAAUUCAUUAUUUCCAUGAGUGAUACAUGCUCAGAGGAGUUAAUGAUGCUCUCUAUUUGUAACCCCAUAAACAAAGUUAAAAAAAAGCGCAAAAAGACCCAGUUGGCUGGGGUUCAUAUUCUACUACUCUUCGACGUUUCUUAAUAAAAAGGCUCUCCAGACCUUUUUUUGGGAAGUGAGGAGGAAAACAAGGGCACAGUGGGUGAGAAAAGGCAAAAGGGAACAGAAACACACACUUGAAUUUUGGGCGCAACAUAUGGCAUCGUUUCUGUCACUCUCUCUUUCCAGUCCAUCUCUGCUUGCAUAUUUCCAUUAGUAUUACCAUACGCUCCCCUCCUCGACCCCCAAAGUACUCUCUCUUUAUGUUAACCCCACCACCUUUCCCCACAGUUCCCCACUCAUACCAACACAAAAAAAAUAGAAACAAAAAUAAAUUAAACUCCCACUCUCUCUCAGUUCUCAGUCCCUGACUCUCCCUCUCUUCUUCUUCUUCUUCUCCUUCUCCUCCUUCCUCUCUUCCAUGGCAACGGCUACUUGGUUUAUCCUCCUACUCUCUCUCUUCACCACCUUAACCUGCGCUCAAACGCCCACUUCUGAUAUCCAAGCCUUAAUGUCCUUCAAGCAAGGCCUCCACGACCCGCUCGGCGCUCUCGACGGCUGGGAUUCGUCCACGCCCUCAGCUCCCUGCGACUGGCGUGGCGUGGUUUGUUACAAUAACCGAGUUCGUGAACUUCGUUUGCCUCGUUUACACCUCGGUGGCCGACUCAGUGACCGGCUUGCUAACUUGCGCCAGCUGCGUAAGUUGAGCCUCCACUCUAACAACUUCAACGGUUCUAUUCCACCUUCUCUCUCCCAAUGCGUUCUUCUACGCGCCGUUUACCUACAGUACAACUCGUUUUCCGGUAAUCUUCCGCCGGGGCUUCUCAAUCUCACCAACCUUCAGGUCCUCAAUGUAGCUCACAACUUCCUCAACGGAAAAUUAUCCGCUGGCAUUUCGCAGAGCCUUCGGUAUUUAGAUUUAUCGUUCAAUGGAUUCUCCGGCGAGAUCCCGGCGAACUUCUCCGUCGACUCUCAGCUCCAACUCAUCAAUCUUUCUUUCAACCGGUUUUCCGGCGAGGUUCCGGCGACUAUCGGGAGACUUCAAGAGCUUGAGUAUCUAUGGCUCGACUCCAACCAGUUGUACGGAACGCUGCCUUCGGCUAUUUCCAACUGUUCGUCGCUCAUCCAUCUGAGCGCCGAAGAUAACGCUCUCCGAGGUUUGAUUCCGGCCACCAUGGGAGCGAUUCCGAAGCUCCAAGUGCUUUCGUUGUCUCGGAACGAACUCACCGGGUCGGUUCCCGAAUCUUUUUUCUGCAGUGUCUCGGUCAAUGGGUCUUCUUCUGCUUCUUCCUUGAGGAUUGUUCAGCUUGGUUUUAAUGCGCUCACGGGUAUUGUUAAGCCGCCAAAUGCGAGGUGUUCGAGUAUAUUGGAGGUCUUGGACCUUAAAGAGAAUCACAUGAAGGGCAUGUUCCCAUCUUGGUUGACAAAUUUGACGGCUUUAAGAGCAAUGGAUUUUUCUGGAAACUUCUUUUCUGGUCCAUUGCCUGUUGAAAUUGGUAAUUUUUUGAGAUUAGAAGAGCUAAGAGUGGCCAAUAAUUCAUUAGUUGGUACAGUUCCUGGUCAGAUUGUGAAAUGUAGUUUGUUACAGAUUCUUGACCUUCAAAGCAACCGGCUUUCUGGUCAGAUUCCUUCGUUUUUGGGAGGAUUAAGGAGCUUGAAGAUGUUAUCUAUUGGUGGAAACUUUUUCUCCGGUCUUAUUCCGACAAGUUUCGGACAACUUUCUGAGCUCCAGACGUUGAAUCUUAGCACAAAUAAUCUAACUGGGAAAGUUCCCAAGGAGCUCAUGCAGUUGAGUAAUUUGAGUACGUUGGACCUCAGCAACAACAAGUUGUCGGAUGAGGUUUUGUGGGAUAAUAUAGGAGACUUGGAGAACCUGGAAGUUCUGAAUUUGAGUAAUUGUGGAUUUUCAGGAAGGUUUCCUGCGAGUAUUGGAAGUUUGAUGAAGCUUACUACGCUGGAGUUGAGCAAGCAAAACCUAUCAGGGGAGUUACCAAUAGAGAUAUUUGGGUUGCCAAGUUUACAAAUGGUUGCUCUGCAAGAAAACCGUUUAUCUGGGGAUGUUCCUGAAGGUUUUAGCAGCUUAGUUAGUCUACAAUAUCUAAACCUCUCUUCCAAUGCCUUUACAGGUCGUGUUCCGACAACAUACGGAUUUAUUAAGUCGUUAAAUGUUCUGUCUCUUUCGAGCAAUAGAAUUUCCGGUGUUAUUCCAGCAGAGAUUGGUAACUGUUCUGAUCUUCAAGUGCUUGAGCUUCGAUCGAACCGCUUGGUGGGCAACAUUCCAGGUUCUAUCUCUGGCCUUUCUCAUCUGAAGAAACUUGAUUUGGGUCAAAAUAAAUUGACAGGUGAAAUCCCAGAGGAGAUCGCCAACUGCUCAUCCAUGACUUCUCUUUUGUUAGAUGGUAAUCAACUUUCAGGCCAUAUACCAAACUCACUGCCAAAACUAUCCAAUCUCACAAUGUUAAACCUCUCCUCCAACAAACUUACUGGGGAUAUCCCUCCAGAUCUUCCCCUCAUUACCGGCUUAAAAUACUUGAAUUUGUCUAACAACAAUCUUGAAGGCGAAAUUCCAAAGGCACUGGGUUCUCAAUUCAAUGACCCUUCAAUUUUCGCGUUCAACGAUAGAUUGUGUGGGAAACCACUGAAAAGAGAAUGUGCAAAUGUGAAGAAAAGAAAGAGGAGGAAGCUGAUUCUGCUAAUCGGUGUUUCUUUAGCUGGGGCUCUCCUUCUGGCAUUUUGCUGUUGUGGAUAUAUCUAUAGCCUCCUUCGUUGGCGUAAGAAGCUGAGAGGAGGCCUAACUGGUGGGAAGAAAAAGAGUCCUGCAAGAGCAAGCUCGGGAGCAGAUAGAGGCAGCGGAAGUGGAGAAAAUGGAGGACCAAAACUUGUGAUGUUCAAUAACAAGAUCACAUUAGCGGAGACAUUAGAAGCAACUAGACAAUUUGACGAAGAAAAUGUGUUAAGCAGGGGAAGAUAUGGACUCGUAUUCAAGGCCUCAUUCUCAGAUGGAAUGGUGCUAGCAAUUCGCCGCCUUCCCGAUGGUUUUCUCGACGAAGGUGGAUUCCGCAAAGAAGCAGAGUCACUAGGUAAGAUCAAGCAUCGAAACCUGACGGUACUACGAGGCUACUAUGCAGGUCCUCCUGACGUGAGGCUCCUUGUUUAUGACUACAUGCCAAAUGGGAACCUUGCAACUCUACUGCAAGAAGCAUCUCACCAAGAUGGUCACGUAUUGAAUUGGCCAAUGCGCCACCUCAUUGCACUCGGCAUUGCUCGUGGCCUUUCUUUCCUGCAUUCGGUUUCUGUUGUUCAUGGCGAUGUGAAGCCGCUUAAUAUUCUUUUUGAUGCCGAUUUCGAAGCCCAUUUAUCGGAAUUCGGACUUGACCGGUUAACCAUAGCAACGCCAGCAGAAGCCUCCUCAUCUUCUACCCCGGUUGGUUCACUGGGCUAUGUAUCUCCAGAAGCUGCAUUGACCGGCCAAGCUACAAAAGAAGCCGAUGUUUAUAGUUUUGGGAUCGUUUUGUUAGAGAUACUGACGGGAAGGAACCCAGUGAUGUUUACACAGGACGAGGACAUUGUGAAAUGGGUGAAGAGGCAAUUGCAGAGGGGUCAAAUUUCGGAACUUCUUGAGCCAGGGCUGCUUGAGUUGGACCCCGAGUCAUCAGAAUGGGAAGAAUUCUUGCUGGGAGUGAAGGUUGGUCUUCUUUGCACAGCACCUGAUCCACUUGAUAGACCAUCCAUGGCUGAAAUUGUAUUCAUGCUUGAAGGUUGCCGGGUCGGACCGGACAUCCCAUCAUCGGCCGAUCCCACUUCAUUGCCUUCUCCAGCUUGAUAUUUUUUUUAUUUAUUGUUAUUAAAUUAUAAUUAAUUUGUUUUCUACCAAAAAAAAAAAAGGGAAUUCUGAUUAAUUUUUUCCAACAUUGUUAUUAUUUUAUUAUUUGUUUAAACUACGUAUGAAAAUCUCACUUUGAAUACGACUAGUGGGUCUUUAAACUUUAUACCUCCUUUUGCUGAACUGAACCACAUCAGCUUUGACCCGUCGGCGCCGUUAGGGAAGUUUUGUGUUGGGGUUUUUUUUGGGGGGGGACCACAUCAUUGUCAAAUUAAGUUUUACACAUUCCCGUGCCGUGUGUGUUCUCGUGAGAGAGAGAUGAGGAUCUGAAAAAGAAAGAAAAAAGUCCAAUUCCCGCCAAAUAAUAAAAAGACUGAAAAACUGAACCGGGGAUUGCCACGUGGCGACUAAUAAAGAGUGGAGAAAGUAGCCGUUAAUGAAACAUGAAAGCUUUCUUUAUCGGAAACAGUGAUUGGAAGGCUUCAGGAUCCGUGAAUGUGUCGGCCCUUAUAAAAUUAGAUUCUUUGGCCUCCUGCCACGUCGGAUUUUAAAUGGGGCGAGCGAGUAAAAAGGGCGAAAAAGUGUUGACUAGCACGUGGCUUCUGACCGGCCUAAAGCCUUGUGGUUUGCUUGUGAUUUUGUGAAGCCAUAAUACGGUGGCACGAAAAUUGUAUGCCACUGGGUCCCACAAGAACUCAGGUCUAUUUUUAAACCAGUCGUAACAAAAACACACUGAAACGCAUCAGAAAUGUGGCAGGGACAGGUAUAGUACGUGACCAAAAACAGUGAAAUAUAAUGCUGUUUCAGACUCGGAUCAAUUAUAAACGAGUAGGGACCCGGCACCACAUUAAUUCGGGUCAUGACAGUAGCCUGGCAAACAGUAUAUGCAACUGUUGGACAUGUCGUUUUCCAUACUGGUUACAAAAUUUACUACAGGAAAUGGGGUGGAUGGGUUACUAAACCCACACCCAUAUCCUGUUUCGGCUUCUAUCCGACCCAUCUUCCAAACUUGAUUAUGGAUUUCCAAUCUUGUCAUCAAGGCAAAGUUUUAGAUGGCAUGAGCAAGGAAAAAAGUUAUCCCAUCUCAAAAGUAGCCACUGACUUUAAAAUAUUUUCCUACCACCAUAAAAGUUUGUACCAACAAUUGGUAAUCACAAAGGCUUUAUACCGAGCUUUCACCUCUGAGGAGGUCGAGACUUUGAAGAAACGAGCCUACAAAAUACUAUACUAAGUGUUACCCACUCCACCAAUCAUCGCAACACAGCUAAUUAAUCUCAAACCCCAACCAUAGAACACCUCAAAUUAAGCUGGCAAAUAAGACCCCUCGAAAACCCAAAUCUAACCAAAAAAAAAGGAAGGAAAAGAGAAAACCAAAUCUAAGAAAGCUAAGGACCACAUUUUGUUUAA